AUGUUCCGAUUGAAGUCCAUUAUUUGUGUUGGAUGUGCUGAUAGUGGUGUCAGUAACGUUUUCUAUGAUACCGAAACAAAACGUCCGUUAUUUAUCCAAUGUGGACACCCAAUAUGUUCGUUAUGUGUCACGAAAUACGAAGAUUGUCCUGUUUGUAAAAAGAAAGUUGUGAAUAUUGAAAACUAUGCAGCUCGAAACAUUUAUGAAGAUCUCAAAAAGAACCCACUGAUAGUAUUCAAAAAAUGGUUCAAAGCGGAAGUCGAUGGUAAAGAAUUCUGUUCGAAUUGUCAUGAUGAGUCUCGAAAACUUCAGUUGUGCAUCACUUGUGAAUUAGAAUUGAGAAAUUUGGGAAUAGAAUAUGUUGCGAAUGAUGGAACUGAUUGGGAAGAUUAUGGACAACGAUCAGAAAUACUCAGAAAACAUGAAAUUGCAAUGAACAGGUGGAGAGGAUCUGCAUCUCAGAAAUGGCUUGCGCCUCGUCCAGAAUUAAAAGAUGAGAAAGAAUGGAGAGCUAGAUUCCGAUGUGAGUACUACAUUCUGGCCAAUCGAUUAAUCUGUUCAGACUGUAUUUUGGACCACCAUCAAGGUCAUUUAGUAAAGUCACUUCAUCAGUUGGAAUACACUCCAGAGAAGCUGAAACAGAGAUCAUCAUUCGUUGCCGCCAAUUUCAUUUGGUCCGAGUUGAAAUCAAGAGAAGGCAACUGUUUGAUACAGACAAUGAAGUUGCAUAGAACAUGCGAGAGACUUGCUCAUCUUGCGAUGUUUUACUAUCCUUCUUCAAAUGAAUCUAUAACAUUUGGCGACACUCAUAAUCGGCAUCUUAGCAGAGUGAACAAGUAUUUCGAGUCUUCUCUUUUAAAAAUUGUUGAUAAGAUUUCAAUAGAGCAAGGUGACACAUGGAUUGAAAUAAUGGAAAAACAGCUUUCUCUUUUGGAUGAACAGAGAAACUGUAGUUGUCGAGAAGUCUGGAACGAAAUGCAUAGUCUUUAUUUUGGAAAUCAAAUUGAGAAAAAGUUCAUUGAAAUAAUCAAUCAACUGGAGAAUGUAGUUGUUUCUGAAUGCCCCUUGUUUGCCGAAGUUUUUCAAGAAACGAGGAAUAAAGCACUCGAAGCUUCCAAAAUUAAAUUAUUUAAAAUUUACACAGUGUUUUGCUGGAACUGUGACAGAAAGGGAAUAUGCUGUCUUUUUGACAACCUGGAACGGCAACCAUGUAUUUGUUCUGGAUGUAAAAUGACCACAUGCAUGGAGUGUUUGAAAAUAAAUGCAAACUACAAAUGCUUUCACUGUGGGAAUCGUUGUUUUUACCUGGAUUUUGGAACAGAACGCAGAUACAAUGUUGAUGAAUCAGUGUUGGACUUGGUGGAAUUUUAUAAAACAAAUUGCGCAGAAUUGUUUGAAAAGUGGUGGACUUGUAAAGCAUCGGAGCUCAGCUUCUGUUUGAGUUGUUCGUCGUACUCGGAUAGUCUGGAAGUCUGUGCUUUCUGUGAAUUGUCGCAUAGAAUGAAUGUGUUGAGGUCGAACCGGAAAAUGUACUGCAGUGCACAAUAUCAUCAAAAUAUGCCGUUAUUCUUCAAUUUCUCCAAUUUGAAAACAUUUCCAAUCCGAUGGCAAUGUUCGGACUGCAAUAAAAGGCUGGAAGCUAAUUGGGAUCAUAAAUAUUGUGGAGAUAAUAGAUCUGCGAAAUGGAUUGGGAAUUGGAAUCGUGGAUGCAAUCAUCUGCUAACCCGACUUUACGAUACAAAAACUUGUUCAAGCUACGAACAGAAUGCGGAUAAGUGUGAAUACAAUGCUAUCGAUUUGAAGGAUAUUCGCAAUUAUCAAAGUGCAAUGAAAGUGGCCACAAUGGGAUUAAUAUUUAGGAUCUUGAAGAGUGGAAUCGAAUCAGUACAGUGCAACUCGAGAAGGAUAAAAUUGUUGAAGAUCUAUGGAAUGCUGAAAUGCCAAACUCGGUAUUAUUUCAAGAAAUUGAUGGACGACAGAGUAUUAUCAAAAAUGGAUAAACUCUCCGACAACAUUAAUGAAUUGAUUGGAAAACUGAAACUGGAAUGGACAAGUCUGAAAAACCAUGAAACAGAAUGCACAUGCACGAUAUCCAGGUCACAUUCAGAAGAUUCGGGUGAUUGCUUUGAGUCUUAUUGUUGUUUAUUUCCGACGAUGUGA